AUGGGGGCUGCAGUGCGUGCCGUGUGUGAUCUGAACCUGGCUCAGCCACAACUGGCCCGCGAGCGCGUUAUCAUCAAACGCCUCUUCUCUGCUUUGCGAACCGAAGACUCGGAAGAGAGCAAUGAUGAGCUUGAUCGGGCCUCGCCCCUCGGGCCAAACUUUGCCUCCAAACCGCUGUCGACUACGAGCCAACUGGCACCCCACCUGCUCUUGGACAUGUGUGCCGAUGCCCAUGGCUCCGAGCUCACAGCCAAGACCCUCGGUCAUCUCUUGCUGGCCCUCUUCGUCUUGGGCCACGAUCGCACCGCCAUGCCAGACGCCCUUCUGCAGGGCCCAAAGGGCACGGUACUAGGCCAGCGUCGUGGAUCUCUGUCAGCCUUGACAGGGCGACCCAGACCUCAAGUGGAGUCAGAUGCCGAGGCCGUGCAAAUGAUGAAGGCUUUCAUCGAUGCCAUACUGCGCGCGCUCAUGCGGUUGCCCAUCAGCUUGGACAUUGCUCAAGCUAUGUGCAUUGCCAUGGUAGAAGCUCGCGCGUUUGCCACGGCCCGUCAGUAUGUCGCCAGCUACUGCCUCGAAUGGUGCCAGCGUGGACUUACCGCUGGAGCCGAGCUGAACUCUCAAGUCUCAGAUGCUGUUGAGCAACUCCUGUUACUCUGUGUCACCGAUGUCUGGUCGGCCAUCCGCAAGGCUUCGGCCGUUCGCAUGGGCAAUGUCCUUGGCCAGUUUACUCUAGCUCAGCUCCUCAAGUUUUAUGAAGCACUUGUCGAGGCCUGCGAAGAAGAAAGCACAUGGCAGGAAGUGGAUGGUGCCCUGCUUGGCAUUGCCAAUCUGCUGCGCAAGUUUGUUUGGGUUCCUUUCACGACCCUCAAGCCCGAUAUGCGCAAGCGUCUUUCAGAUGAUUCUGGGGCUAUGACUGGCGCCCGUCGCUCUGGAGAUGCUCAAUUUCUGCUUUGUUACGGCUCUGAUGUGUUGCCACAUGGCUUACCCAGCAUCAUCGAAGAGACGCUGCCCAAAAUUUGCAAUCACUUGCUCAAACACCAACAGCUGACCGUGCGAGAGAAUGCCAGCAAGGCCUUCGCCGGCUAUCUGUCGCGCAGCAAAGUCGAACGUGGCCUCGUAGUGCUUGACGACCUUGUGGCCAAACUGCAGCAUCUUGACGACGAAGAUCGAUACCGAUAUCUUCCACACUUUGAGGCAGAAGGCUUGCUUGACGUGUGCGUCACCAUCAUUAAGCAACUGCCCCCGGGGUUUUUGUUGCCCAAUUGGCCAGCCUAUUUCCGCACCUUCAAGUUCUAUCUAGGACAUCCGGCGUCAACUGUGCGGCAAGCCUGCAGCCUAGUUUUCAAACAUAUCAUUGCCCGCGAUGCAUCAAACCCCAUCAUAUCCAAGCUGGUGCUUCAAGGACUGACGGCGCACUGGCCGGUUAAGACGGCAGUAUCGGCCGUGGCCGAAGCACCGUUGCCCUCGCUUGCUUGGGAGGCCAAGGAAGGCCGCCUGCUUGCCUAUGACCUCAUCUUGCGCUUUCUCAUCAGCAACCAUAUCAACUACCUCUUUCCCACCAUGCUCAUGGAUCAUCAAUAUGCCAUCUUCACUCCCGGCCAACUCGCUGCCCCGAUUGCGCGCCCCGCCCGGCUGCUGGACAAGAUGUUUUUGCGACCGCUGCGCGGACACUCUCGGCCCACGUCUCAGCAUGGUGAUCGUGGCGAUGCGCCGUUAACUGCCUCCUUUGAUCUUUUGACGCGCCUUCGUUCGCCUCCGGCAGUUUUAACGAGUGGUGGCGGAUCUCAGCCGCGGCUUGGCAACUCGCGCUUCUCGCUGUCACCCUCCCGGACCACUGCCCCUGCGCUUCCAAAUGGAGGAUCCUCUGCGCGCAACGAUUUGUCCCCCCUGCUCGGCAAGCAAGAUGGCCCUAUGCGUCGGGCGCGCGGCAUUAGUGUUGGCAGCCAAGGUUCUCAUGCGAACAUGACCGGAGUGAUGGUUUCCCCGCGCUUGCAGCGACGCUCCGUUGGCCGCCGCCCCACCCAACGCAGCAAGUUUCUCAACAAGUCUCUGCAAGAAGCUCAGACCACGGAUACGGCCCAGCCAUUCACUUCACCUUCUCGCAAGAAACGAUUGCAAGCCACCUUCUCACUCUUGGCCGCUACAGAUGUCGCGCCAAGUUCGCUCAUUAUGCAGCUUCGCGACCUGGACCUGCAGCUUGAUGAAACAACUGUGGCCGGCAGCGUUGGCCGAAGCUCGUUUGAGGCGUGGGCAUCCCCGGCUCGAUUUGUAGAUCAAGCGGAAGGGGUGAUGAUGAGCCCUAUCUCCGGAGACCUGGACUCACAGUCUCGGCCCAACACCCCUCGUCGCCAUCGUCGUCGCAGUUCUGUCACGCUCGACCUCCCGGUCUGGGUGGAUACCUCCCGCUUCUGCGAGCUUCCGGAUGUGCUGUUCUCCAUUGCGGCGCAAACCUUUGAAUGCAUGCAUCUGGAGCAGUUUGAGCUGCAGCGGAUGGCUGCUGCCAUCUUGCCCCUGCUGUCUGAUGUCAUCCGCUGGUUUCACUACCCUUGUCUGGAUGCCAUUCUUGGGGCCAGCCUCAUGCAGCACGACAAUGCGGUGGUGCGACCAGCUGCCCUGAUGCUACGUCACAGCUUGGGCCAUUUGGCUUGGCUUCGCCAUUAUACCUCGCAACACCGCGAGCUAUCGUUAGAGUGCCAACAGGAGACCCGCGAGGUGAUGACCAACGUCCUUGCCUCUUUCAAUGCCAAUGCCAAGGCAUUGCUAGAGCUCUUGGACAGCUGUCGGCGUCACUUUGACUUGCUGAGUAUUGAGGUGAUUGAACUCUCCAUCAUGGCUCUGGCCGUGGUGCCGCCGGGCGAACUUGAUAUGGGUGCCGCUUUGGCUCAUGAAGCGGUUCAAGCACUCUGCGCCAUCCACGCUCGAGCGUUUCCGGACAGCCCGUUUAGCGACAUGCCCGAGGCUUACGAGGACUUGAAGUUUGAAUUCGAAGGCCCGUUGAGCUGUUUGAACGGCGUCCUGGCUGGUUUGAGCGACGCAACGCGCGCGCGCCGCGUGUGCAAACGAGUGUACGAAACAGCGGCUAGCUACUUGCCGGCCUUUGUGGAUGCCUGUGAAGUUGGCUGGGCCCAACCUUUGCUAGCACCGCUGCUGCACAUUCAUGGUCUGCCCGGCAUGGACGACUUUGCGGCCAAGGCCCUGUUUGAUGCCCUCUGCCGUCUGUUGGACAAGAUGGGCGCACGUUACCAUACCAAGCCAUCUGCCGUACCGCACACGCACGGCAGCCCCGUUUCCAUACACGUUGACGACGUCUUGGCCGACACCAGCGACGGUGGAUCGGAGGCCACCAUGACCAGCUCAGAUCGCCAAGCAGUACAAGAUGCCGUGGCCUUGGUUGAGCAGCAAAUCUUGCUGUGGCUCGACAAGAAGGGAGAAGAUGCCGUCGUACUGCGUCGCAGCUUUGAGUUGGCGUUGUUGUGCAUCCUCAUCGACUGCAAUGAGGACUUUUCGCUUGAACUCCUGCAGUUUCUGGCCAACUUGGUGCGACGCAAUCGCCCCUCUGAGCGUGAAGUGCGGGUGCAAACCCUGGGUGCACGCUUGAGCGAAAUUGCCGUAUCGGGGGCGGGUCUUGACGUGUCGCUACCGACUGUCACCGAAAGCGAUGACGACUCUGACUCGGACGAUGAUGCUUUGCAAAGCUCGUUGAACCGCAGCGGCAUGGGUAAGAAGAUAGCUGGCGUGUGCGCAUGCAUCCAACGCGUCCCUGGCGACAACGAUGAAAGUGAUGGGUGGGACUCGUGGGACGAGGAGGAGAAACACGAUGCCGCCCUUUUGAAAUUGGCCAAGGAUUACACCAUGCACAUGUCUCUUGCACUGGAGGCUGCUUAUCUGAGUCAGCGAACGGGCUUCGAUUUUGAGUCACAGCUGGAAAUGUUGAGCCCAAUGGAGGCAAGCCAGCUGCGCUGGGCAUUGCAAACAGCGGGAGGGCCAGCUUUGUCUUCGGGUGCUAUCCGCGAAACACGCACGGCGGCGCGGCGCAUCUCUAUCGUGUAA